AUGGAUGGACUUAAGUUGUCAGAUAUGAAUGGCUUGGCGGGUUUGCAGCGCCAGAUUUGCUCGAUUUGCGGUCGAAAAAGGAUGUAUUUUUGUUACGACUGCAAGAUCUACAUGCCAGGAGUGGAGCAAUUAGUCCCAAACUUGAGGUUACCGGCAUUCAUCGAUAUCAUUAAACAUCCAAAUGAAAAGAACAGCAAAAGUACAGCACUGCACUGUCUUCUACUUGCUCCCUCUUCAACUACUUUAUUUAAUUCUCCAAACGUUCCUGAUUACGAUGCCGAAAAAUACAAACAGGAAAAUACGGUUCUUGUGGCCUACUCCGAAAACGCUCUGUCCGUUGGUGAUUAUGUAAAGAAGCGAGGUCCCAUAAAACGUUUUGUGUUUUUGGAUUCAACGUGGUUUCAGAUUGGUGGAUUGAAGAUGCUCCCACAAAUACGGAAUCUACCUCUUGUAACUCUGAAGUCAUAUCGGACCAAAUACUGGAGGCCUCAGAGGGGUUUAUCGGAAUAUCAUUUGGCAACCAUUGAAGCAAUUUAUUAUGCUCUGCGUGAAGCUUUUGAAGCAUCUUCUAUGUUGGAAUACGACGGUCGUUUCGAUGAUCUUUUAUUUUGGUUCUUUUAUUUUUGCUCAAAAGUGGACCAAAAUGUUCGAAAAAAAAACGUAUUUAGACCAGCAUCUGAUCAUUGA